UGUAGUUUUUUUGCCCACACGUGUGUUACUGUCAGUGAAGUUUAUCACAUUUUAGCCCUUACCUUAACUGUUUUGAGCUAUUCUCGAGGUUGAAAUGUUAACAUAGAAGGACAUUUUGUCUGUGUACUACGUGGACCAAGUGACCAUGGCUGACCCCUUUAGCACAAACUCUGAGGACGUGAUCCAGCGCGUUAUAGACGUCCCUCUGAACACCGCCUCUGCUCCAGACAAACUAGAAGAGUUUUAUCAAAUCAGUGAAACCUGUGACUUCAUUACCAAGUCCAGCUAUAAAAAGGUCGCUCUCCAGUUUCCUGACAAUUUAUUAGUGGAUUCAGUUGCUAUUGCAGCUGAAAUUGAGAAAAACACCAAAGCCAAGGUGUACAUUUUGGGAGACACGUCCUAUGGCAGCUGCUGUGUGGAUGAGGUAGCAGCAGAACAUGUAGCUGCAGACUGUAUUGUGCACUAUGGGAGCUCGUGUCUCAGUCCAUCCAAAAGGCUCCCACUGAUGUACGUCUUUGAGAAACGUCCCAUCGAUGUGGAGAAGUGCGUGACCGCGUUUAAAGAGCUCUACCCCGACUCACAAACUCACAUCAUCCUCCUGUACGAUGUCAACUAUGUCCAUGCCAUUGGUGAUCUUCGGACAGCCCUUCAAACAGAAUACCCAAACCUCUCCAUUUCUGAGCUGGUUUGUGAAGGGGAGACGUGCUACAGCCACACUCAUGUAAAACGCAAACCACAAACUUCCUCUGAUCAAGAAAACAACCUGUUUGUUUAUCAAUUCGGAAGACAAUUUUCCUUAAAAAGUGGACUAAGCAUUAAGGACUACAGCAUAUUCUACAUUGGCCAGGAGGGGACGACGUUGACAAACUUUAUGAUGACUUGGAAUAGGUCGACUUUUUGCUCCUUUGACCCCAGCACGGACACAGGAAGGACAGAAUCAGUCAAAAUAAACCGAGCUUUGAUGAAGAGAUAUUACGCAAUAGAAAGAGCCAAAGAUGCUUCAGUAGUUGGAAUACUAGUUGGGACAUUGGGAGUGGCGGAUUACCUUUCUAUAAUACCCCAGCUGAAAGAGGCAAUCCACAAAGCAGGAAAAAAAUGCUACAUGUUUGCAAUGGGGAAGCUGAACGUGCCAAAGCUAGCAAACUUUCUGGAAAUAGACAUUUUUGUGCUGAUUGCUUGUCCGGAAAACUCCUUGCUGGAUUCGAGUGAGUUUUAUAAGCCAAUAGUGACACCUUUUGAGAUGGAGAUAGCCUGUAAUCCGAACAGAGAGUGGUCCGAGGAAUAUGUGACAGACUUCAGACAUCUGCUGCCAGGAGGACAAAGCCACGUUCCUCUGGCUGAGCUGCAGGACUUCUCUGAGGCAGAUGUGUCUUUGAUUUCUGGUGAUUUGAGACGACAGUGUUUGGACCCUGAACUGGACCAGGGCUCAGAAAGCUCCUCUUUGGUCCUCAGGAAUCAGACCAUGACAGUGGCCAACUCAAACACAGCCGCAUCGUUUUUGUCUGGGCGCAGCUGGCAGGGUUUGGAGAAGAAGUUGGGAGAGACACCUGUGGUAAAAGCAGUGGAAGGAAGGAGAGGGAUCGCUAUCGCCUACGAGGAGGAGGGGACAUCUUAACCAUUUUACUCUGACGUUUUCAGCAUCACUUUGCCUGAGAUCCAGAAUACACACUUCUUCCAUACUGUACAGCAGGGGUGCCCAGUACGUCGAUUGCGAUCUACCAGUCGAUCGCCAAGGUAGUGUGGUAGAUCGCAGUAUCAUAGUACUUGUCUCGCACUCGAUCUCGCUCCUCACCUUUUCACGCUCUCUCUCCUCCCUGUGUAAAGUGCACACAGGCUCCUUCCAUAAUGCACGCUGAUAAGAGCAAAAUUAAAUGCAAAACAAAAACUAAUCUAAAUUUAUGUUACAGUGUAGGCACAGAGGAUACCUACAGCACAGAGCAGAUCUUUGUCACGAUGUGCGUUUGGUUUAAUAAAUGUGCAAAGGCUGGUAAAUCCCACUGCAAAAUCAGUAAGAGAAUACAGCAAGUUUCAAAAUCCUACCCACUUUCUUCACUUUUUUCACAGUUUUCUGUAAAGUGCCAGUGGAGGUUCUCUUAAAGGAGAGGUUCUCAAACUGUGGGUGAGAGUGUUUAAGUGCAGAACAGUUUGCUUGGCUUUGUAGUAGAUAGAUCAUUCUGACUUGGUCAUUUUAUAAGUAGCUCUCAUGCUGAAAAAGUGUGGGCACCCCUGCUGUACAGAGAUGUGAGUCACCAAUGGAUUUCAUAUGGCCGUGAUUGACAGGAGACAUCUCAUUCUGGACCUGCCAGGCAACAUCACUACUUGAACUAAAUAAAUAAUGUACACACAUGUUCAAUAUAGAUGUAUAAUUUAUUAUAUUGAUAUAAAAUUGUCAAAUAUCAAUGUGUAGUUGUAUUCGCUUUGAUUAAAACAUGCACUAAAUGUAAA